GGAUGUGUCGAGGGCGGCUUGGGAGGGGCUUGGAAAGUUCAGCUGUUGAGACGCGCACCCGAGCAUUCCUCUGCAGGCUGCCGCCGCUGCUGCUACUGUUUCAGCAGGGGGGUGUUUGUUUGCUUUGUUUUUGUUUUGUGAAGGUUUUAAUUAUAAGAGAGGUGAUUAUACCGGCGGGAUAGCUUGCAGAAAGUAUUCCAACUGGUCUGUUUCAGCUGCUGUACUGCACUGCUGCUGCUACUCAGUUUUAUUCGCUGUUUUGACAAAGGCGUGUUUUAAAGAAAUAAAGUUUAUUAAAAAAGCAAAGACGGAGGAAAGAAAGAGUCUUGAAAUAUGAUCACCUUUUUGUUUCUGGGGCUUUGUGUUCUCAAAGUGGCAACUUCACUGACACAGUUUGCCUCGAUCUACCCGCUGGACCCGGCUCUGCCGAUCGGCUCCUCUCUGACGGCAACGUGCACAGUGAGCUCGGAGCUGGGCCUGGAAGCCAGGACUCUGUACUGGACCCUGAACAGCAAGCGCCUCCCCAGCGAGAGCUACACCGUCCUGAACCGCACGGCUCUCGCAGUCUCCCUGCAACGGCUCAACGGCUCCCGCCAGCAAUCGGGGGACAACCUCGUGUGCCACAGUGCCGACGGGCACAUCCUCGCCGGCUCCUGCGUCUACGUGGGGAUGCCCCCAGAGAAACCAGUGAACCUCAGCUGCUGGUCCAGGAACACCAAGGAUCUGACGUGCAGAUGGGUCCCAGGCGGGAAUGGGGAGACCUUCCUGAGGACCAAGUACACCCUCAAGUACAAACUGCGGUGGUACGGUCACGAGAAGGAGUGUGAGGACUAUAACCAGGGGGAGCCCUACUCCUGCUACAUCCCGAGAGACCUGGCCCUGUUCACGCCGUACGAGAUCUGGGUGGAGGCAUCCAAUCAGCUGGGAGCGGCCGGCUCUGAUGUCACCAUCCUUGAUAUCCUGGAUGUGGUGACCACAGACCCCCCCUCGGACGUGCAGGUGAGCCGGGUGGGGGAGCUGGAGGACCAGCUGAGCGUGCGCUGGAGCACCCCCCCCGCCCUCAAGGACUUCCUCUUCCAGGCCAAGUACCAGAUCCGCUAUCGCGUGGAGGACAGCUCCGAGUGGAAGGUGGUGGAUGACGUCGGGAAUCAGACCUCGUGCCGGCUGGCCGGGCUCAAGUCCGGCACGGUGUACUUCGUCCAGGUGCGCUGCAACCCUGUGGGGAUCUACGGCUCAAAGAAAGCUGGCAUCUGGAGCGACUGGAGCAACCCCACUGCCGCAUCCACGCCGAGGAGCGAUCGGCUGGGAGCCGGCGUGUGCGACCCUAAGGCUGGCGAGCAGAACUCCACCCUGCGCCGGGAGCUCAAGCAGUUCUUCGGCUGGGUGAGGAAACACGCCUACGGCUGCACGGGCCUCAGCAUCAAGCUGUACGACCAGUGGAGGGUGUGGCUGCAGAAAUCACACAAAACUCGCAACCAGGUAGAUACUACAAGGAGAUAAAUCCUAGCCAAUCUGUACAAACCAUCUCAGAAAAAUAUACUGGACUUAUUACGGUACUUGGAGAAAAAGCCAACCUUUGCCAGCUGUGAUGUCAUGGUACAGAAACAGAUUGAAUGCUGGGAAGACUUUGGUUAAUCACAUGCACUGUAACGGUGUUCAAUACCUCUUUGCAAAGCAUUUCUGUAUUUUUUGCUCUACUGGAGUCGUGUCCCCCCCCAAGUCAUUUUCCAUUGCAGUGUGUAGACAGAUAGCACAUUGAACUCCAGAAUCUAGUUUCCUGCUCAUUCCAGAAUCCAGGACAAGAAUCUUGGGAAGCUUCCCUGCAAGUGCCGGCCAAAAAUGAAAUAUUUACCACGGAAGUCGUUUCACCUUUAAUGGUCGAUUUGCGGAAGCGAUCUCCUCUGUUGCCCCAUUCUUACUGGUGCCCUUUGUAACCCGUGCAAUGUUGCUUAUUCUAAAGUCAUUUUUCCUGCUUUGCAGCCCUUUGUUUUAAUGCGAGCAUCAUCGGUAAACGACACCAGUCUUCAGCGAGUUGUUAAGCAUUAUGAGAAGCGAUACAUUUUAAAUGUGAUUAAGCAAAGCUGCUCACAUUAAAAAGAAAACAGACAGCAUUAAAUACAGUACGAGUGAACGGGACUCUCUCCAAGGGGUUUUGAAUAAGGAAACACCAUUGCUGUACAUUGAGAACGUCAUAAUCUGUAGGCUUUUGGUUAAUAAUUUCAAUCACUUCCCGACACUGCUUUGAAUUGAUAGUUCAGCAUUCUCACAGCAAAUAAACACAAACAUUGUGUGAUCAGCAGGUAUCGAUCGUGGACGACCAUCGUUCUUUCAGCAUGUGUUGAUGCGGUGUGCAUUACCUAGGUGUGGUGGAGAGGUUACAAGGAAAAGUCAGUUAUCUUGCAGGUCACAGGGAGCAUUGUCAUUGUUAUAAAGAAAACUAAAUACAACAGAGGUCAGAUAUUUUUUCAAUUGUUUUUAUUCUGUGCUGGACAGCCUAAGGCUGUUGGAAACCGAAGCAUUUUGUUCAGUUACCAAUAAAUAAAAAAAAAUACAAAUAAA